AUGAGUCAAGCCGAGGAGCAACAGGCCAUCAAUGUGCCACAGACCACUUCUUCCACGCAGGCACCUGAAACAGCAAACUCCUCAGUUGAGGAUGCCAAAUAUCUCUUGGUGGACGACAACAAAGUCAACAUCAGAUUAAUGACCAACACCUUCAACAAGCUAGGCCUCAAGUACCAGAUCGCAUGGAAUGGACAGGAAGCGCUCGACAUGUACAAGGCGCACCCCGAGCGAUGCAAGAUGAUCCUUAUGGACACAUCCAUGCCUGUUAUGGAUGGUCUUCAUGCGACACCUCUGAUCAGAAGCUAUGAAAUCGAGAAUGGGCUCCAGCCUGCUGUCAUUGUAGCCCUUGUCGCGUCGGACAUGGAAAGUGAGAAGCAGAGAUUGGUGGAGAAGUUUGGAAUGAGUACAACUUUGAGGAAACCUUUCAAGACGGAGGCGCUGAAAGAGGUGCUUGAUAAUUGGCCUGUAUGA